GGGCACUACUCUACGUAAUGAGACAUUCUUUGGUCUUCUUGGCAGCAUUGGCAACAAAGUGGCAAGGUUACAAAUUGUGCUUAGUCUGCAACCUGUGGUCUCUUGAGGUUGUUUUUUUUAUGAAAAUGAGUUUUAAUCAUUGUGAAAGGUCUUUUCAGAGUUUCAUAUGCCUAGAUAACGAGUUAGUGAAGUUGCGAUGAAACUAGUUCACAAAAACGUUGAUAAGGAUGGCGAAGGGAGUGUCACCCUUGUCCCUGAGGAAUCUGAGGACAUGUGGCAUGCCUAUAAUCUAAUCAGUGAAGGAGAUAGUGUAAGAGCCUCAACAAUAAGGAAAGUUCAAAAUGAAUCAUCUACCGGGUCAUCAACAAGUAGCAGAAUUCGAACCACCUUGACAAUUAGAGUUGAAAACAUAGACUUUGACACACAGGCAUGUGUCCUUAGGUUAAAAGGAAGGAAUAUUGAAGAAAAUCAAUAUGUCAAGAUGGGUGCUUAUCAUACAUUAGAUCUCGAAGUAAAUCGUAAAUUUACUUUAAUCAAAUCAGAAUGGGAUUCAAUAGCAUUAGAUAGGGUGGACACUGCUUGUGACCCAACUCAGAAUGCUGAUGUUGCUGCUGUAAUUAUGCAGGAAGGGCUUGCCCAUGUUUGUCUUAUAACUGCUAGUAUGACAUUGGUUAGGGCUAAAAUAGAUCAAGUAAUUCCUCGAAAAAGGAAAGGAAAUGUCAAACAGCAUGAAAAGGGAUUAGCAAGAUUUUAUGACAGUCUGAUGCAAGCAAUUCUUCGACAUGUUAACUUUGAUAUUGUUAAAUGUGUGCUCAUAGCCAGUCCAGGAUUUGUUCGAGAUCAGUUUUUUGAGUAUAUGUUUCAAGAAGCUGUCAAAAAUGAUAUUAAACUACUAAUUGAAAAUAAAUCUAAGUUUCUUCUUGUCCAUUCUUCAUCUGGUUUUAAACAUUCCUUGAAAGAGAUCUUAGUUGAGCCAUCAGUUAUGGCAAAAAUGGCCGAUACCAAAGCGUUAGGAGAAGUCAAGGCAUUGGAAACAUUUUAUUCAACUUUACAAACAGAACCUUCCAAAGCUUUUUAUGGAGCCAAGCAUGUCGAACUAGCUUGUGAAGCACAAGCUAUUGAAACUCUUCUGGUCUCUGACAACCUUUUCAGGUGCAAUGAUGUUCAACAGAGGAAAAGAUAUGUUACUUUGGUGGACAGUGUUAGAGAAUUCGGAGGUGACGUGAAGAUCUUCUCUAGCAUGCAUGUAUCAGGAGAACAACUGAUGCAAUUAACUGGUGUUGCUGCAAUCCUCAGAUUUCCGAUGCCCGAUCUUGAGGAUGAGGAGGCUGAAAGUGAUUCAGGCUCAGAAAAAUAAAUUCUAUCGUCAAUUUAUUUAUUUAUCUGUUAUCAGUUUUAAGUUAUUUUCUUCCAUCCUUGAUGUUGCUUUAGUAUGCUAUUUAACAAUCUAUGCAACAUUGUAUAUCUGUUUUUAUUUAUUAAAUAAACCAUGCAAAUUUAUUUUAUUGAAACAA